AUGCCGCCGCGUAAAGUUCGUAAUAACGACUCCAGUUCGGAAGAUGAACCUGUGUCGGUGACAGAGACACCUGUGGCUCCGGUGCUUAUGUCUCAAACUCAGUUAGCGUCGCUCCUGGCCGCCUUCUCUUCGGCGCAGGCCGAGGCGAACCAGAAGCUCGUCGAGUCACUACUGACAUCGCACUCAGGGACGCCGCCCAGUGUGAACUCCGUCGCUACACCGUCAUCUUAUUCUGGGAAUCUCGUCAAAUGCACCUCGCGCUUCGAUGGUUCGUCGGAGUAUCCGGAGGCGGUCGAAGCAUUCAUAGACGCUGUCGAGAUGUUUAUGAAUUGCGCUUCGGUCAGCGAUGAGAUGGCACUUCGUGGACUCCCCAUGUUAUUAAAUGGGCAAGCAGCAGUUUGGUGGCGUGGCAUCCGUCAUGAAGUCACGUCAUGGUCAGAGGCAGUCAAGCGCCUGCGUUCGAUGUAUGGCAUACCACGGCCACCGUACAAACUGUACAGAGAUGUUUUCGCUGCUGAGCAAGGGUUGGAACGCGCCGACGUUUUUAUCGUAAGAGUACGAUCUCUGUUGGCGAAACUGCCUUAUCAGUUACCAGAGGAAGCGAGACUGGAUAUGAUUUAUGAAGAAUCGUUGUCGGAGAACUCCACGUCACCGUCGUCGUCGUGUUUACCUACGAAGGCUCCCCUCGCGCUCAGCGAGAGCGCGCAGCAACACGUCGCUCCGGGAUCGAGUUCGACGCCGUCGCCGUCGCCGCCGGUUCGCACUGCCCGCGCCCCGCGAGCGAACUCGCCGCGUAGUGAUCAGUGUGUGAGCAAAAGUGAUAACAGUGAUAAGAAGUUGUUCUGCGUGUAUUGUAAGGGACGAGGACACGUACGGGACUCAUGUGAUAAGCUAAGUAAACGUUCUCUUUCUACUAACUCUGGCACUGUUUGCUAUAAUUGUGGUGAAAAAGGCCACGUUAGAGUUAAUUGUCCUAAAGGUAAACAAGGUAGUGCCGGAGAUAGUAACACAAAUGUUAAGAUAGAAAAUGUGUUUUCUUCAGUGUAUAUAGAUAGUAAGAAGUCAUGUUCGGAUUUUGUUAACGAUAAUAAUAAGCAGGGUCGGCCUAUCGUGCGCGUGUGUGUGGGGGGAUAUCAGGGUACCGCGUUGUUAGAUACCGCCGCGCGUCGUAGUAUUGCGAGUUAUUCACUUUAUUCCUUACUGAAACGUAUUGGUUCAGACUUUCGCGCCGAAACGAUGUCGUUGAAGCUUGCGGACGUGAAUGUACUGAGGACGGAUGAGGGCGCAAUGUUGUCGGGGUCGGAAAGGUCGACGUUGGAGAAUCUUUUAGGUGAGUACUCCGAUACUUUUGAUAUAGUAGGAGAACCUACACCAUUUGCGGAACACCACAUAGAUACCGGCGACCAUCCGCCUAUUGCUUUACCUCCGUAUCGCCUUACACCUGCCAAGAAGGAGAUCAUGCGCGCCGAGUUAGACAAGAUGUUAGCUGAGGACGUGAUCGAGGAGUGUGAAUCCGCCUGGGCAGCGCCGUGCGUCUUAGUACCGAAACGUAAUGGUACCUAUAGGUUUUGUGUCGACUACCGAAAGUUGAACGCUGUUACUAAGACGGAUGCGUACCCCAUGCCGCGUAUUGACGAGCUCUUACAGUCGACCAAGAAGGGUUGUGUAAUGAGUUCUCUAGAUCUUCGCAGUGGUUACUGGCAGGUAAGCACCGCCGAUCGCGAUAAAACUGCGUUCGUCACGCCCUUUGGUACCUAUCGCUUCAAACGUAUGCCGUUUGGCCUUAAGAAUUCGCCAGCGACAUUUCAGAGGCUCAUAGACCGUUUCAGAUCAGGGUCUACACUUAGUAGUAGGACUAUUUUGGGUUAUUUGGAUGACCUGCUGGUCAUUUCGGAGGACCUGGAGUCCCAUAUAGCAGAUUUGCGUGCGGUAUUCGAGCGUCUCCGUAUGUACAAGCUCCGAGCAAACCGAGAGAAGUGUGUGUUUGCCAGAGACCGGCUCAAGUACCUUGGCCACGUGAUCUCUCAUGAUGGUAUAUCUCCAGACGAAGAGAAGGUAAGUGCUAUUUUAGAGAUGAAGGAACCGACAACUCUCCAGCAACUUCGCACCUUCCUCCAAACUUGCUCUUGGUUCCGCAAGUUUAUCCCAGAGUUUGCCAAGGUGGCUGAACCUCUUACGCGUCUAACAAAAAAGUCACAGACCUGGAAAUGGGGUAAGGACCAAACUAGUGCUUUUAUACAGCUCAAGACUCUUUUAGCUUCACCCCCCAUUCUGACCCAGCCGGACUACUCAAGACCUUUCAUCCUUAGAACGGACUCCAGCGAUUUCGCUUUAGGUGCAGCCUUACUCCAGGGGGAGUCACCACAAGAUGAACAUCCCAUCGAGUACGCUAGUCGUCUCCUUACGCCGGCAGAACGGAACUACUCCACCACUGAGAGGGAGGCGUUGGCCGUUGUCUGGGCAGUGGAGAGAUUCCGUGGCUACGUCGAUGGUCAUCAGGAUGGUCCGUAUGUAGUCUCCAAGAAGGUGAGUCCCACUACAUUUGCUCUUACCACACAGAAGACUGGUGAAGUUGUUGGCAAUUAUCACAUGUCGGAUCUGCGUAGAUACCAUGACAGAGGUGGUGAAUGUUUGUAA